AUGCUCCACCUCCCUACACUCGAAGAGACCACCACCGGCGAGUUUCGAGACCUAUCGGAGCCACUAAGACUGCCAGGUUGUGUUCCAUUAAAAGGCGAGGAUUUUUUGGAGCCUAUGCAGGAGAGGGAGAGUGCGGUCUGUGCUUGGGUGGUUCACAUAUCAAGGAGCUAUGAUCUUUUCGAUGGAACUCUAGUGAACAGCUUCGAAGCCAUUGAAGCCGACGCCGCCAAGUUUUAUAAAAAGAGGGGCGAUGGGAAGCCUCAUGUCUGGCCCAUCGGGCCACUUACGUGGUCCGGUUCAGAUAUGGGUACAGAGGAGUCAUGGCAUCAGUGCAUCGAAUGGUUGAAUCAACAGCCGAGUGAGUCCGUUGUGUUCAUUUGUUUUGGGAGCGGAGGUACUCUUUCAUUAGAGCAGACACAAGAGCUUGCCCUCGGACUGGAGAUGAGCGGGCAAAGAUUCAUAUGGGUAGUGCGAGUGCCGAAUGACACGGAUCUGAGCAGUAGUAGUUAUUUUAAUCCAAAGCAGAACAGUGAAGAUUGUUUUGGGUUUCUUCCAGAAGGAUUUGUGGAGAGGACAAAAGAAAGGGGGAUGAUGGUGAACUCUUGGGGCCCGCAACGAGAGGUGCUGAGUCAUCAUGCGACGGCUGGGUUCGUCUCACACUGUGGGUGGAACUCCACGCUAGAGAGCCUUAUGAAUGGUGUGCCGAUGAUCGCAUGGCCGCUUUAUGCGGAGCAGAGAAUGAACGCAGUUCUGCUUGUGGAAGGGGUGAAGGUGGCACUGAAGGCCAAGGUGGGAGUGAAUGGGGUGGUGAGAAGGGAGGAGGUGGCGAAG